AUGGUUUGCAUGUUUCCUAUCUGUAAACUGCAGCUGGAUGAGUGUGUAGUGCGACGGGGUGACGUGUAGUGUAUCUAUGGUUUACAGUGGAUAUCGUUUUCCCCUGCUAGUCACUUGCUCUCAGUUUCUGAAAAGGAGCUUGCGGUGGCGCAACGGGUUGUUGCAGCCGUGCUCGAGAUCAGGGACCAUGGCAAACAUUAAAAUGCCGUGAAAUACACUUGGUUCACUUCCCCACAGUAUGCACUGGGCAUGCAUCCGUGGCAUGCAUCGCGCCGCCCAGAGACGCGCAGUCACCGUUGGUUUCGGUUUGACAUUAAAGCGGAUGUGACGUUCCCUAUACCAGCAUCACUGAUCAUUAUUCACUUUUGUUCUAUCACGAGAUGAGUAAUACGUUUUUGACACUCUGACAGGUUUCUAAGACGAAAUAUAUUCACGCCCCAUCCCCACAUUUCGAAAGAUGGCAUCGAAAAUGCUUGCUUUCAGAACCUCUUCGCGCAGUAUGAGUUGGCCUGCGAAAUUACAGCGACUUUUGGAUAGCUUCGAUUUUACACGGUUUAGCUCCAGUCACCAGCACUGCAAGCCUUUCAUCAUCGGUGACCAGCAAGUUGGCCUGAUACGGCCGAACGACUGGGUUCACCUUUCACCUUAUACAGAGGCAUUUUGCCAUGACGGCAAAACGAACAGCGUGUAUUUAAAUCCAUCGUGGACAACGUACGAUGAGCGUACUGCAAAGCUUAACGCUGUGCUUGAAGACCUUAAGAAAAAGAACGUAUUUAAGACACUGCGAGGCUGGAGGAACGAGUGUUAUGAAGUAAGUGCCAGAUUUGGCGACAAGUCUCUAAUGCGGAUUGAAAGGGCUGCUUCUUGCCUGUUUGGAAUAAAGCGAUAUGGAGUACACGUAAACGGAUACGUCGUGAGGCCGGAUGGCUCCGUCGGACUAUGGUUCCAGCGCCGGUCAUCCACGAAAGAGACGUUUCCGAGCAAAUUAGACAACAUGGUUAGUGGUGGCGUAACGGCUGGACUUGCCAUUAAAGAAUGCGUUCUAAAAGAAGCUCAGGAGGAAGCAUCCAUUCCUCCUCACCUACUGAGCUCAAUCAAGCCAGCAGGAAUGGUGUCGUUUAUGUACGAGGACGAACGAGGAAUUUUUCCGGAGACCCUUUUUGUCUUUGAUCUCCCAUUACCUGACGAUUUCCAGCCCAAGUGUUCCGACAAUGAAGUGGAGUGCUUUUAUCUCCUGACUAUUUCAGAGGUUAAAGACAAGAUUGUCUCGGAAGAAUUCAAGGUGACGAGCAAGCCGGUGGUCCUGGACUUCCUGGUGCGGCAUCAUGUGCUAUCUCCAGAUGAGGAGCCCAACUACUGCUCGCUGAUGGACACCAUCCAUUCACCACUUCACAACCUCUAUAGCUCCGAUGUACCGUGUCCAUCCACAAACGGGCACCACUGCACCGGUACCACCUCUGCGGUCAACGUGUUUAAAAAGCACUACAUAGAUAGAAAGUCUGUGCUAAGAUAUAUUUCUAUAGGACUGAUGGUUUUGAGCGGAUAUAUUAUGGGUCGGGUUUCUGGUCUCCGGAGUUUAUUUUUUGGCAUGUUCGGAGUGUCCGUUUAGGAGUUCAUUGUUUUCCCGAUGAUUCGGAGUAGCUUUAUUGUUUUUUUUCACCGACUGAGUUAAUUUCGGAAAUUAAGAGAAAAAGCAAUGAUUGUGAAAUCAUAUGCUGACAAAAAGCAGGAAAAAAAGCCUCGCAACAACGGUUACUGUCAUGGAGCAGAGCUUAGAGAUGAGAAUAUGCGUAUCAUGGUCACCUGUCGACGUGAACACUUCGAAACUUGCAUAUUCCUUCACCUAUUGUCAGGAGGCAGCUUCUACUUGCUUCCCAUCUCAUUGUCUGCGCAACAACAAAUAGGUGCCCUUUCAACGAGACAAUUUGUUGGCUAUCCAUUAUCCUUUGUCCACUGUGAGCAAUGGCGUCAUCACCUCUGCAGACCUAUCAUUAUCAUCAUCGCUAUUGUGGCAGCGAUCCUUAAAUGCGAGGGAGUGCCACUGCAAGUUCAUUGGCCAUCGUCGAAAAAUAAACGCCCUCCAUGAAUUCCUAAUUUGGCCCAUUACUAACAGGCGAAAAAAUGGGAAAAGUCUAGCGCUCGCGAGUGAAUAAGUAUUUAAAGAGAUUGAAGCAUUUAAAUAAUUUAUUUCACUAAAGAACAAGCUUUCGGACAUGAGAGAACUGAAGUUCUGAGGCUGGAACAACAUAGAAGGGACAAUCACAUGCAAGGCCUCAAGAGUCCGUCCUUCCUCAGGUGCCAUACAUUCAACACUUGGUAGAGGUAUUUAUACCAUCUAUAUUUAUAGUAUGUUAUAUAUGUAUAUUUAUAGAUAUAGAGAUAUUUCGGCCUCAUUCCUCUUAUGCACAGGAGUAUAAAUAUCUCUACCAAGUGUUCACUGUAUAAGGAGUUUCACCUGAAGAAGGAGUUUCAAUCUCUUUAAAUACUUAUCUUGGCCCAUUACCAAUAAUAAUAAUAAUAAUUUGUGGCUUUGCGUUGCGAGACAAGUACAAUCAUGAGCAACGUCACAGUGGUCAGUCUGUGGGAUUAAUUUUGCCCACUUGAGGGCUGAAAUUUCAAGGCAUGGCACACCAUACUUAACGUCCUCACGGAAGACUGCGUGUCAAGGCAAUUCGAACCAUACGGCAAAGUUGCUGGCGUGCUCUGCUGCGUUCGAACCCACAACCUUGGAAUCAGUAGGUGAUCACGCUACUAACUGAACCACCAAGGCAGUCUCCAUUACCAACCAAGAGCCCCAAUAAACCUCUGUAUCGCCUUUUCUUAAACUCGCCUGCUGAUUCGAUCCCUCAUCUUUCUGUCUUUUCAAACGGGGUGCCAGCAAUGCCCCCACCGCACUGCAUGACUCACAGAAAAAGGCAAAGCAAAAACCUAGAUGCUGCCCUGGACAAGACUCUUGACCGAACAUUUGCCUAAGUGGUGCUGGGAAGCGGCCGAAAUGCCUUCACGUCAAGUGAGCUUACAGAAUAGGGCAUAAGCGAAACACUGCUGCACAGUGGAUUUCUGGUGAAGAAAGCCACGCUUCCUUGUAUCUGGGCCAGUAUGUAAUCUAUGAUGUGAGAUUAGUCUGCUGGUCAUCAGGGUGUGGCUCUUCUUCAUGAGCUCUUGGUAACUGGGGACCCCGAAAGCAUAGCUUCUACGAUAAAUCUGAAUUGCUUUACAUUUUACCAACAUAUGUUUCGAGAUCCACCCCCCCCCCCCCCCUCCCAAAAAAAUAAAUCUCGAAACCCGGAACCCCAUUUAUAGGAACGUGCAGGGACUUUUUUUGGGCCGGAAAAAACUUGAACUGUACAGAUAACACUAUUACAUCUAUAUAGAAUGUACAUCUUCGUAGUUAGGUCUAAAUAAGCAAUUCUUUUGUAAUAAUGUUCUUAACAAGGUUUGACAUAUUUUCUAAAUUCUAGGAAUGCUACAUAAAUGUUGAUGUGUGUGUUCUAUUUUGAAGUGGUUCUGAGCUUCGCAGCUGACUGUGCCGAAGCUCUACAUUAACCCUGUUUGAACUUUGUGUACCUCUAAAGUCCUCCAUUUGUUGCUGAGAUCCGAUAAAAUGUUGCCCCUGAAUUGCUUUCAUGCUCAGUUGACACAUUUAAAGCCUACCUAGAGAUGAGGCUCUAGUCAUGUAUGUCUUUGUGUCUCAUGCUCAAUACAACUGACUCUUCGACAUUGCUGACUUUUAUAGCGGGUGGUCAUUUCGUAGCAAAACGGCCGAGCGCUCGGAAAUUGCUAGGUCGGCGACCGAGCUGGAUCACGUGACCGUUGCCACCCGAACAUGAUUGCUAGGAAUCAAGCAGUUUUAGGUAGAGUAGAGUAGAGUAGAGUACCGUGCACCUAAUCCCUUUUGAUACAGGGCAGAUCCCCAAAAUAGGUUCACAGGUGCGAAAAAAAUAGACAAAAAUAAAACUAAUUAGAUAAAAACGUGCACACACACAAAAAAAUACACAUUGUCACUUAUGUCUGUCCAGAUGUUGUCGAUUUUUGUUUUUUUAGUUGCUCCCACUUCACAAGGCGGCGCUGCGCAUGGUUGAGCCGUUCUGUCGAUGUGGUUUCGGUUUCCCAGAAUAGGCAGGCGACGAGGUCUUGUUGGUUUUCUGUUGUUUCGUGGCUCUCUGGUUGAAGCGUGUCACAUUCUGUCAAUAUAUGAUAUAGACUCUCCAUCCCCUUGCCACAUAGCUGACAAGUGGGAUCCACUUCUUCAAAAAGUUCACUCCUCCUGACAUUUGUUAGCAGACACCCCGUACGUGCUUGGAAAAGCAGCGCGCUGGCUCUGUCUCCUGUAUAUUGGGUGCAAACUUCGGGUUUCAACUUGUGGUUACCGUACCAUUUGAGGCUUUGCUUUUUCUUUACAUUGUUUUUCCAUUCUUCAGUCUCCGUCGUUUUGAUUUCUUCGGCCGUGAUUUUUGACCACUCUCUCUCGUUGCGGGCUUUAUGGCGCCUCGUGCCUCUGCUAUAUUUCCUAUCAUACUGGUUUAUUUUCUUUAUCCAGGCUGUUUUGAUACCGAGGUAUCGGGUAUGCUGAAAAAUUCUUUUUGCUAUAGAUGUUUCCGGUAGGUGUAUUAAUCGUCCUAGGUAAUGUGUUUUGGACUUUGCGUCUCGUGUUGCGAAAGUCGCCCACCCCAUUUCUCCUUGGAUAGCUACGUUGGCUGUUGCAAAGUUACCCCCUAGUAACCAUUUUCCGAGAUCUCGUUGAUGUUGAUCCAGGGUCCUGAUUGUAGCUGGCGAGAAGACAACCGCAUCAUUCGCGAAAGUAAGGGCAGGGACCGCUGUAGAUUUCCAAAGUAGUCUUCCUACGCUAUAUCGGUUAUAGGAAUGUCUUGCAGAGUUCCAGAUAUGCCCUUUCAAUUGGUUAGACUUUUUGACUACGUUCUGUUCGUGCUUACUCAGGUAGUGUUCGUCACUAGUGAAAGUGAUUCCCAGGUACUUGUAUUCUUGGGUGCGGGUUAUAGGGCGAUCUUGGAGUGUGAAAUGCAAAUUGCUUGGGUCCUCGCUAUUGAAAGCCAUCCAUUGUGUUUUUAAUACGUUGAACUUUAGCCCAUCACUCUCGGCUUCUUCAGUGCAUAUGUUCAGCAUAUGUUGCAGGCUUUCUUCCGAUGGCGCAACUAGAACGAUAUCGUCUGCGAAGGCCAGCGCUGCGACUGCUGUAUCUAUUGGUUGUCCAGUUGUUGUCAAAGUUCUCACGGUGAUCCCCUUUGACUCGCUUUGCAAGCGCAGCAGUAGGUUGUUUAUAUAUAUGUUGAACAAGGUUGGGGAAAGGGGGCAACCCUGCCUUAGCCCCACCUUGACUGGUACUGAAUUUGAUUUGUGUUUGCCCAGCUGGUAUAUUGUUUCUGUAUCUUCAUAUAGUUUCUCGAGCAGUAAUAUUUCGUCUUUCGAAAGGCCUGUUUCAGUCAGUUUCGCCGACAUAAUCAUGUGGUCCACGGCGUCAUACGCUUUCUCGAGGUCGAGGAAUGCAAGGAGUGUUGU